GAAUGACAGCGCGGUGAGUGGUGGCGACCGAUUCCAAAGCAGAGCACUCUUGAUCAGUGCGCGCCUUGCCGACCUGCCGAGGCCGUCCAUGGCCAACUAUCUCACCUGACUUGCACCUGCCGUGGUCACAAGAUCGGUGAGCCGCGCAGUGAUAGAUAGUGACCCUUUUAGUGAUUCGCGGUGGUGACAUCACAAGUGAUGUGAACUGAUUUUGGCACCUAGGUGCUUCCUGUGGCCAAAGUUCACCAAGUGCUAAAGUGAAAUGUGGACAUAAGUACUAGACCAUGGAUACUGAAAGUCCGGUCGUUUGGCCCUCUUGGUGCUACUCAGGCGAGACCGCAACGGAAGCCAUCGAUAGCAGUCCUCAAUUACAAGCCACCAAGUUGGUGAAGAAACGCCGAAUGGAGCGAACAAUCACCAACAACAACGGCCCCACCUCGACCCCCGACUACCCCAUCCACAACAACAACAACCACGUCAAAAACGAGCGACUCAGUCCGGGGACUCCGGACAUUUCCAGUCGCUCGCGAUCAGUCACACCUUCGUCCAACUCGCACCCUGACACCCCCCCAGCGGCCGACAGCCACCCCCUACCCCCGGUCUCGGGCCGGAAUUACAGCGAUUUCAUGCGGAGUCUCGCCGCCAAGUACAACAACGCCAACCCCAAUGAUUAUUUCAGUGCGGCUCGAAACGGCUUUCCGCCGCCGUUGGACCCCCGGUUCAAGUCGAAUUUCCCCAAUCUCCUCCCCAGACUUCCCAAAGAAGCGGAGAAAAAGACCGAUUUUAGCUCCCUUCUUAACCCUUUCGCCAACUCCUCCAUGUUUCCCCCGUUGAUUGAUAUGUCCACGACGCAGACCUUGCUGGCGAUGGUGCGGACUGCCAAAGAGGCCGAACUGCAAGGACUGCUCAAAAGUGUGAAAAGACAGGACGCUUCGUCCCCGUUGGACUUGUCGGCGGCUGCGCCGCCCCUGAAACGGCCUAGGAUGAAGACCUCCUCGUCCAGUAGUCCUAGUACUGUGUCCAAAAGGGCCCAAUCGGAAAGUCCGCGACUUCACGACGAUGUGGCCAGUUGGACAGUGGACGAUGUGUGCAAUUUCGUAUCAAGUAUAGAUAUUUGCGCAGAAUAUGCUCAGAACUUCCGCGACCAGAGAAUAGAUGGCUCCGGUCUGCCUCUCCUGACUGAAGAGCACCUCACCACAACAAUGAACAUGAAACUGGGGCCGGCCCUGAAACUGCGCUCUCUCUUGGCGAAAAAAGUCGGCUCUUGCAGCGUGUGUCUCCACUGUACCCAUUGUCACAACAGUACCGGAUCCCCGGAGCCGUCAAACACCGCCGGAAACACUUCAGAUUCCGGUGGCGCGUCAUGAUCGUCCACUGCCUAUUAUUUAUUUCGUUUUAUUGUUGUACUUAGAAUGUUCCGGGAUAAAGUACAAAGAAGACAUAGAGAAUAGAGCGCGCGAGCUGAAAUCCUGAAGGAAAAAACGAGACGUGCCUGUUGACUAACUGCUCAUUUAAUUAUUACGUAGAAUAGUUCCUAAAUUUUUGAUAUGAUAUCCAACGAAUUUGUGUGUAUUAUUGCUCAAGAGGUGCAAAAUUUUGUAAAUUGUAUAGAUAAGUGUUAGAUGUUACGAUUAAGAUAGAUUUGCUUCUUCUUAAGCUAUAUUUUGUACAGUAUUUUGUUAAUUCAUGUACCUUGUAUUGAUUGAAGUUAAAAUUAUUUUAUAUAAAGAAUUUAAACUGAAA